GCUGAGCACUGCGACCUUCCGAACACGUUCCAACCUGCUGUCUCCCCAGUUGAACUUCAUGUCAUCAAUAGGAUGUGCGUGUGUCAGCCCGCAUUGGCCGUAUCCCUCGACUGUCUCAUGGCACCCACGAGACACGAUCAGUUCUACUUCGACGACGGGAAUAUCAUCUUUUUGGUCGAGGAUAAAGUCUUCAAAGUCCACCGCUACUUCUUGGUCCGCGAGUCGCCCGUCUUCCGGGACAUGUUCUCUAUGGAGUCGGAUGAGGGGCAGUCAGACGACAAGCCUGUCCUGCUCGAAGGAACGAACAGCCUCGGUUUCGCGAGCCUAUUGGCAUGUUUUUAUCCACGGAUCAUUGGACAAGUCGAUUACAUGCUAGCCGAAGAAUGGGCUUUAGUCGUCGAUCUUUGUGGGAAGUUGACGAACAUCGAACAUCAUUCGUCUACGCUGGCGGUGCAAGUCGCAACGGCACGCAGACAUAACAUGGAAACGUGGUAUUGGCAGACAUUUUUGAAGAUGUGCGAGCGCGGACGCCCAAUUUCCCCUGAAGAAGCCGAGCACUUAGGUACGCUGGAGACCGCCCGGAUCUCGGCCAUCCGACAGAAGUUGCACAGAGCGGGGCCUACUAAGGACCUCUCUGUAUUCGACCGUCUAACAACCAUCAGCAUCUCUGUUGCUCAGAGAGAGGCUAUCAGGGCUGAGCUUGGUCUCCCGGCAGAGGACCUCCUGGAGGACCUGGACUGGUUGUAUGCCCUUCAGGUUGACACGUGGCAUAACACCAUGCACAAGCGCUAUGGGCUUCGACUUCACAGAGCCGAGGUGCGCAAUGUCUAGCAGUAUGGCCGUUAUCUGCAUGUGUACACUGGUUCACGCGUCUCCGUGGAGCUGAAUUCGAAGUGAUUGCGCACCCGUGUACUACAUGAUAUCUAUCUGUCGAACUUGCAUUGUCUCUCGUUCAUCUAUUCAGGCCUAGACUAGGCAUACUUCUGAUCCCAAUACACGCUGACGCU